AUGCCCAAACGCUCUACAGCUGCCUCUCAAGGAAUGGACGUCGACCUUGUGCCUCCGCAGCAGCAGAAGGUGGGACAGGGGAAGCGGAGGGAGCGGGACGAGGGAGGCGAGGAGGAGGGAGAUGAGGGCGAGGGAGGGAGCGACGUCGAGAUGCUCGACGUCAACUUCUCCUUCUUCGACCCUCAACCUCAAGACUACCACUCUAUCAAGCUGCUCCUCUCCCAGCUCUUGCAGGGGGACGCAGCGAGUCUGGAUCUGGGAGGCGUGACGGAUAUCGUACUGGAGCAGAAGCUGGUCGGGAGUACGGUCAAGACGGAUAGUGGAGAUGAGGACGACAAGGCGCAUGAGGGGGAUCCGUACGCGGUGUUGACUGUGCUCAACUUGAACGUUCACAAGUCCAACAAAGCCCUCUCGUCGCUCGUCUCGUACAUCCUCUCGAAACUCCCCUCCUCGUCCGCCUUCCACUCGACUCUCUCGUCCCUCCUCUCCGUCGACGCAGCCGCCUCAAGCGCGUCAAAGCCGUCGCAUGUCGGGCUCGUGCUGAGCGAGCGGAUGGUGAACAUGCCCCCGCAGAUUGUUCCGCCCAUGUACAGGAUGCUCAGCGAGGAGUUGCAGUGGGCGAAAGACGAUGGCGAACCGUACCAUUUCUCGCACCUCCUCUUCGUCUCGCGCGUCUUCAAGUCCUCCCUCUCCGCCCUCGACGACGACCCAAAUGCCGCGCUCGAAGCCGCGAUCGUCGCAGAGGCAGAAGCCAAGGCCAAGGUUCCGCCCAAGAAGAAGAAGCAGCGCAAGGCGGGAGGAGCGGAGCAGGAGGAGGAGAAGUUGUGGAUGUAUCAUGUCGAGGACGAGUUCAUUCAGAAGUUCGCUGAGCACACACACGUCUUUGACUUUUCGAACAACUCGCGGCGGGCAGAAGGCGGCGGGCAGGACCAGUUUGGUGUCGACAUGAAGGGGCAGCUCAUGCUCGUCCCGUGGCCCAAGUUCAGCGACAUCGUUGACGGCCUCGAGGCGUUCGUUGGGCCUGUCUAG